GAAUUUCCUCGAAAAUUCCUCGGUAUAUUCCGAGGAUUUCAUUUUCCGUUGGAAUGUCCGUCAGAAUACCGAUGUUUUCUUGUAGUGAAGGGUGGUAUAGUACACUGGAAGGUUUUGAUGGUUUAAUGGGAGCGAGGAAUACAAGAACGAAUCAGUCGCACUUCAUUCAGAGAUGGAAGCGCUUAUUUAGGCAAUGGAGUGUAUGAGGAAUCUAAGACAGUUUACUGUUACAUUUGCAACAGAUUGUUCUCAGUUGGUGAAGAUGGUUUCGGAACCAGAAGAAUGACCACUCUUUGAAAGUUAUUUAGAAGAUAUAAAGAUCAAUCUAUACUAUUAAAACAAAAUCCUAAUUUAAAAUUUUGGAUUAUGCCAUUGAGUUUUUAUCAUAUUUACAAGACAAUACCACUCUUUAUUUUUAGAAUUUUGAACUAAAAUUGGCAAGAAAUAUAACAGAUUUUAUAUAUAUAUAUGGAAAACUAUAUAUAUGGCAUGUCAACAAUCAUUAUUAUUUUAAUAGGUUUUGGAAAAUAUAAAUAUAUUUAAAAUGAUUUUCCAAAUUAUGGUAACUAAAAAAUGCUUAUACACUCCAAGGUAUUCCCUAAAAAUACUAACAACCUAAAUAUUAAAAUAGCUUAACGUGUUUUCUUAUCUAUAUUAUUAAAAUUGAAGUACCUAUAUGAAUUAAAAUUUGAAAUAACCUUUUAAUCACAUCUACUUUCAUUUCUUUUUUACUCAUAAAUAUAAUUAAUUUUAAUAAAUGAAUUUACAGAAAAAUAUGAUAAAUAUGAGUUUCCUUAUAAAUCGUAGGUAUUACAUUAAAUUACCUAAUAUUUAGCUAAUUGAAAAGAUUGCAAUCUUUCAAUCAUUUAAUACUUAACAAAAACGAUUUUAUAAAUAUCAUAUAUAUAUAUAUUCAUAUCUAAUUUUAAAUUUAUUUAAUAUUCUCAAAUCUUGGUUAGAAAUUAUUGUGAAUAAUUAUUUGAUUUCGUUUGAUCUAUGUAGAGGCCGGUUCACUUUCACGAUGUAAAUUUUCUACGUGUAUCAAUUUCUUACUAAUUUUCUUUUAUUGUUUUUUAACUAGAUUUACAUUAUUUUGAACCCGCUAAGCAUGACAACUGUAGAUACUAAAAUUUUUAUACAUGAAUUACAUUUAUUUUAUUUUAUAUUUUUCAAAAUAAAAAAUCUAAACACUGUUUUCAAUUUUUUAGAAAUGAAUUAAAAAUUUCUUAAGAAAAAUACAAUACAAAUCUAUUUUUCUAAAAACUAAAUGAUUUUGGUCACUUAAAAUUAACUCGUAAAUCAUUAGAAACUAUUAAAUAAAAGUUUACAAUUCUCUCUAGUCGACAUAGGCGAUGAUCUAGGGUUUCGAUGCUUUCUCAAAAAUGGGAUCCUGGAAUUGGAUACGAGUUACAUAAUGGAGCAGAAGAUCAGCAAAGGAAGGAUUUGGGGGGUUCUGAGUUGAGAUCUUCAGAUCUCAGGCGAUUUGAACGGGUUUUCGAAAGAUGGAAUUGGGGAUUUUUGCGGAUGUUGCGGGUAUUUAACUGGAGCAUGAUUUCGAUUGUCAUCAAAACGGAAUUAUGGAGAUUUACAGAGCCAACUUCUCGGCAAUGGUGGUGACAUGAAGGAAGGAGAAACGGCUCGGAAAAGAAUGAAGAUUUCGGUGCCUCACUUUGAUAACUCGACACUAAUCAAGACUUACUCUAAGUCCUUGAUUGGACGAUGCAUGAAUCCACCAGAGCAGGAAAUGAAGGCGCUCAUCCAGAACUUACCGAAGAUUUGGAAGCUGGAGGAAAGGGUUGUUGGAACGGACUUGGGUUUUGGCAAGUUUCGGUUCGACUUUGAAACAGAGGAGGAGAUAGAUACGGUACUGAAGCUGGAACCGUAUCAUUUUGAUUACUGGAUGUUGGCAUUAGCACGGUGGCAACCGAAGAAGUCGCAGCUCUUCCCAUCAGAGAUAACGUUCUGGAUUAGGGUGAUAGGUGUUCCGAUGGAGUUCAGGACGGUGCCUACCUUUGAGAGCCUCGGUGAUGCACUUGGACGAACAGUAGCAGUAGAUGUAGAGCACUGCAGAGUGCAGGUGGUGGUGGACGCGUUUCAGGAGCUUUGCUUUGAAACAACUUUGGACUUCAAGGGUGGAGAAUUUUACGAGGGGGAGGAAGCAGCAAUAUCAUUGAGGUAUGAGAAGCUCUUUGGAUACUGCCCACUUUGUUCUAGCUUGGGCCAUAAGGAGGAGAAAUGCCCUCUUGCUAAGAAGGCGUCGCCUGAGAAGAAAAGAGAGGGUCGAGAAGGAAAUGGAGGAUGGUAUGAUGGUGGGAAACACGAUGAUCGAGCUCGGAGCUAUAAGGGAGUGGUCAUAAAUGGAAAUCAGAAUCAACAACACAAGGAAAGAGACGGUAGGGACUACUAUGGGAAGGGUAAAGGCAAGAUGGUGGAAGAGGCUGACUCAAAAUGGGUGAAAGUGGCUGAUAGAGGCAAUAAGAGGCCUUUUACUAAUCACAGGAGCUUUAGGGGUGAGGGAGAUGGUUCUCGACAUAGAUCUUCCCGAAGAGAAGAACCCCGGGCUGAGGGUCAGGGGCAGGGAGGAAGUAAUAGAUCCUCCUCAGGUCAGUCAAGAGCUCCAAAAGAAGUAGUUCAGGAGGAGGGAGAAAUAAAAAAUCCUAAAGAGUCUGAGAAAACUCUCCCCUCUCAGGAUUUUCAAGAAGACCUGGCCAAGACUCAAGCUGUAGGAUCUGAGGUAAUUUCGGACCCUAUGGAUGCAGAGGAAGGGCUUCAGAUGAUCAAAAGCCUGAUAGUGGAACCGUCAACUUUGGAGGAUGAUAAAAUAUGGAUGCAGCAGCCGAUCUACCAGAUUGCUCGGAUGGGGAAUUUGAGGAAAUGCUAA